AUGGCCACCACCUCCACCAGCGAUGAGAACGCUCCCGUUACCCCGCCGCCACCGCCACCAUCUAUCCCAAUCAUAACUACCACAACCUCCGCGGCGACAGCUACCACUCUUCCUACUCUCACCACCUCUGUGACCAUCCUAGACGUCCAGCCAGGUACCAGCGUUACUACCUCUGCGGCCACCACCAGCAAUGCGGACUCAGUUCCAACGUGUCCUAAUUGCGAUCGCACCUCACUCAUGGACCUGAUCGCUAAUUUGCGAAUCCGUGCCAUUGAGACCGAUGAACCAAUCCCAGGAGCCCCGUCAUGCAUCCUACUCACCCGCCAAAACUGCCCACACUGCCCAGGCACAUUCACUCACCGUAUGGGUCAAUUCGGCCCAAUUAGCAUCCCCGACAAUGGAGUUUACCGUAAUUUCGACAUGUCAGACCCACCUUGCACGUCCCACAACCCUCCAACUUCCAGUUCUGCCAACUCUCCCUCCGCCAUUGUCGCCGCCACUAGUAGCAUCGCCAUUGCAACCAAAUCAACCAUUCCCAACCUACCCUUCCCAGGCUGUCAUUGCAGUCGCACAUCACGCAUCGACCUGGUCAGUCACUUUCGAAUCCAUCGCGCUGAGACUGGCGAACUAGUGCCAGGGACACCAGUACACACUCGCCUCACUCUCCUUCACUGCCUGUGCUGGUCAAGAAUAUUCAGCUGCCGCAUGGGUCUGCCCGACCACAUGUUACUCCAUGUAAAUUUGCGGCAAACCACUCCAGACAAAACUCAACCAAUGUAUACUUUACACCGGAACCCGUCACACAUCGCCCACCACAGGUACCGAAUGGGCAUGUGGGAGGCGUGUAUUUUAGCUCCUUCCCCAUGUGGGCUGUAUGGUACUUUAAGGCAUAUGAGAUCCGAGCAGCUCAUCCCCUUUGUGUCAAGACCUGGUGUGUUGUCCGGGGGCCAGGUAGCGUGCGGCGAUGCUCAGACGAGCUAUAUCAGCUCUGUCAGCCACUUGCCACCCGUCUCAGCCCCAAUCGCCGCAGACAAUCGACUGGUGCACGGGACAAGGAAGAGAGAGUGGACUCGAUGCUGGGGACGCCAUCCCUACGGCAUUUCAACGCAUUCUUCUCGAUCAAUAAAUCUAACGCGCGUAAACCGUGGCUUGGGACGUUCGCAACUGACGAGAUAACUCGGUUCUACUCAUAGGACGGAAAGUCAGAUCGAGAUGACCCCUUCUUAAUGUGACCUCUUUAACACUCUCAUUGAGACGGGAUCCUAUCCGUCUUUCUUAUUUCGGUGAAAACCUGGUCUACCGUGAGCGGAACAGGCAUGUGUGGCACUCGUAGGUGGGCCGCUUAGCUCUGCUAGCCACUGCGCCUGAUCUCACUUCCGACCUUCUUGGCUGUCCUGACAACGGGGAUGAGGGCUGAGGGAGGUUAGAGUGUAGUGGAUGCAGCGAAAGCCUAUCAUCAGUAUGGACUGCCGUAUGCGACCGUAAAUCUCGUAAUAGUUUGUCGCUACUUUUCGAAAAUGCACGUACGAAAAUCUAUGUUUUUUUUAGUUAGAAUGCCAUGCUAACAAUAAAACAACAGUUUUUUGAAAGUGUUAAAAUACUUUGCCAUGAAAAAAUAGCGAGGUAGUUAUUUAGCUCAGUCUCAGUGUCCUCCCACCCCUGCACAUCGCUGUCAAGUUGGAAAUGACCAGGUCAACAGUUCACGGCAUUUUCGACCGUUAUAAGAAGUUCGGCCGCAUCGACAGGAAGCCUGGUGAUGGAAAAACAAGAAAGUUCGAACUCCUCGUCUUAUAUAGUCUGUCCCGGAUCGUACUCGUUAUAAUCCAGUCAGUAAUAUGAGGAAGAUGACCUUGGAGCUUGAGGUUUCGGAGCACACGGUCAGGAAUGUCGUGAAAAGGGACCUGAAGGCUAGGUCAAGGGUUAGGACCAAGAAGCAUCUCGUUACUGAGGCUGUGAAAGAAGAGAGACUCGAAAGAAGAGAAUCUUAAACCUCCUCAAGAAAGGAUCACAGACGGUGUUCUGCUCCAAUGAAAGACUCCUCACGGUCGAUUCGGUGUCCGACAGUCGGACAGAUCGCUACGUAAGCCUUCUGAAGCACAAAGAGGUACCUGAGAAUGCUAAAUACAAGUUUCAGAGCAAACAUCCCGCGUCUGUGAUGGUUUUUGGCCUGAUUGCCUCAGACGGCAAAGUCAUGCUCCCUGUGUUCAUCAAGGCGGGGGUCAGAGUGAACACAGACUUGUACCUGAAUGUUCAUCAGAAGCAUGUCAUGCCUUCGAUAGAUUCUAUCUAUACUCUAGACGGCAAUGUGGUCUUUCAGCAAGAUGUUGCGGCCGCCCCUCUUAGGUCAUGGAAGGCGCAGAAGCGGCUAGAAGACCACAUGCCUUAUUUCUGGCACAAGGAUAUGUGGCCACCUUCCCCUAACAAGCGUCAUGACAGCAUUGAGGCCCUGAAGGUAUCCAGUGCUAGAGAGUGGAACAAGAUGUCACCGGAGUACAUCAGGAACACGUGCGCCACGUUCAGAACAAGAAUAGAAGAAGUCAUUGCUAACAAUGGAUCUCCUAUUGAAUAGUUCCCUACUAAUAUGAAUUUUGAGUCUUUUAGGAAAAAAACAUUUUUUUUCCAGUUACUUAUUCUUGAUAUGGGUUAGGCUGAAGGUUAGAUCACUCAAAUUACGAAAUUAACGGUCGCGUAGGGUAAUUUGCGCUCAGGUCAUAUGCCUGCGCCAACCACGUUGUGAAGCACAUGGCAGAUAUUUUUGGUAACAACGGUCUAAUCGCCACCGUAUCAUGCGUGGUAAUUGCCAGCAGCAUGUCUGUAAGAAGGCGUCCUCUUACUGGCAAAUUCACUCAAUGUCCAUCCAACCGCAUCGAAGAGUUCCGAUCGGCUAUACAUCUGGAAGAUGAUUCAUAGCCCACGACACCCCGUACACCUCGAUCGAGGAAUUCACCAUUCAGCUGACAGUCAGCAACGUAAGGUUGGAGAUGGGAUCAGGCAGGACUGCUAAAGCCUACGGAUUUGAUUGCCGCGGGAAUUAUGCACCGAGAAGUUGUGAGAGCUGCUUCUAAUGCAAAAUGCUGGUAAUAGUCCAGUCACACUGAGAAUAAUCUGCACAAUUUUGGAAUUCGUAUAUAACGCGUCCCCGAUGACAAUUGUGUUAACAGAAAAAGACGUGAUACUCAACUGUACGUGUCAAAAGGAGAAGACGUCGCAGUAACUAUCGCAGUAAGGGUGUCGGCUGGAGAAAUGCACACCAGCUCAGUAAUUUUGAAAGUAAAAAUACUCCCCACCGUAAUUGACGAGGUCAAAUGAGGAAGGUCAUUGCUUUGAUAGGACCCCGGCGGGUCUUUAAUGAGAAUUAUCUAAUUAUUUCGCAGCGUCCCCAGUAAAUCAAAUUUUGAUAUUUAUUGGCUGGAUUUCCUUCGAUGAAAAAAAAUGCUAAACGUAUUCAGUAUCUUUCCGCUCAGCAAAGCUCAGGAGACAAAAGUAGCAAUAAUCUAAUCCAGGCCUCAGGAACACUUUACAGAUAUGGGUUCGAAUUCCAUUAAUUUGCGCAUUUCGAUGGACAAAGCAGGUAAAUCUACUACUUGACAACUCCUCUCAGAAGGAAAGAAAAGAUUUCCAACAACAGGAAUACCCAUAAUUCGACCUUCCCACGGCUAGAUGCUCCUCACCGCCAUAGGGGAUGUGUGCACUCUUGAGUUGCAAGCGAAUUUGCCUAUGGUAAAGCAAAUUGGGAUGCCUUUUCCUUUCUUCCCACACUCACCGCUUUCCGAUCGCAAGAGUGUUGUUCGUAGGCAUAGAUGUAUAGUGACUGGAAAAACUCAACAGUGUGUGCAGGCGUGCUGUAAACGACCUGAUCAUUAACUCCACAUGUACCGGUCCUGAUUCAAUGAGGUUUUCCGGUUUCAUACAUCUUAUCUUUUCAGUUGGCCACUCUCCAACGCACGAUUGUCAGCGUAUCGUGA